GGCCUCUAGAUGUCCCCGUAGCAUGAUUUCCCCACUGUCUCUCUCUGCUGAAUCUUCCUUGCUGCUGCAACUCGUUGACUGUUUACGUCCUCAAUAGCGGAAGUCGCGGUUUUCUUUCCUGGUGAGGUGCUUCAUUAAAGCCAGCCUCCAGUGGCCAUGAAUGAAGAGUUGUCUCUUUUGGACUGCCUGCUGCCUUCAGAUCAGGUCACGACCUUGGACGCACCAAUGCAGAUGCAGGAGAUUGUGGAGGCCAUCAAAUCAUUACAACCCAGAAAAUCACCGGGCCCUGAUGGCCUGCCGAGCAAACAGAAGAUUGGUUUGAUCAUCCUGAAUCAGCCUUUGGAUAAGGACUACCUUCACGUGCUAUGGAGUAAAGCUCUCCUGACGGCAUGUGCUGAUGGUGCUGCCAAUCGCCUAUAUCACAUCACUGCUGGAGAAACUGACAGCUUCCUCCCCAACUAUAUUAGUGGUGAUUUUGAUUCCAUUACUUCAGAAGUACGGGAUUUUUAUGCAGGCAAGCAACAGAAGACAGGCAAGAUGGAUCAUGUGGCGUUGCCCCAGAAUGUGAUGACAUGCAUGCAGGGGUGCCGGCUGAUAGAAACAAGUGACCAGGAUCUUACAGACUACACGAAGUGUCUUGUCAUCAUGGUGGAGGAGAUCCAAAAACGGAAGUUGCAGGUGGAUGCCAUCGUGACACUGGGCGGGCUGGGGGGCAGAUUUGACCAGACGAUGGCUACUGUUGAGACCCUCCAUCAUGCUCUGUCCAUGACACAGCUCCCAUUGUUGGUCAUCCAGGAGACAAACCUGGCCUACCUACUUAGACCUGGCAGCCACAGACUGGCAGUAAACACAGGCCUGGAAGGGGACUGGUGCAGCCUUAUUCCUGUGGGGGGACCAUGCUUAACCACCACCAGUGGUCUCAAAUGGAACCUCGAUAACCAAGUGCUUCAGUUCGGGAAGCUGGUGAGCACCUCCAACACCUACCAGCCCGUGUGCCCCGGAGAGGCCAGGAAGUGUGUGACUGUGACAACAGAGCAGCCUCUGCUUUGGAGUAUGGGCAUCCACAGAGAGCUGGAAUAAUGACCAACUGUUGAAACUUGUACAGAUUUUGCUACACAAAACACUGCUGGACUUUUUUGGACAGUGCAACAGAAAUGGAACAACAUCAAAACUCCAUGGUAACAUAUCGUCACGGUAAUAAUGCCACAGUACGAUAUUAUUGAUUAAGUGGCAGGAAUGUUUAGGGUAAACACUUGCUGCAAUUGGACACAAACAAAACUCAAAUACUCUAUAUAAUUAGUUUGCUUCUAUACCAACAUGUAUUUUAAAGGCCUACUGAAACCCACUACUACCGACCACGCAGUCCGAUAGUUUAUAUAUCAAUGAUGAAAUAUUAACAUUGCAACACAUGCCAAUACGGCCUUUUUAGUUUCCUAAAUUGCAAUUUUAAAUUUCCCGCGAAGUAUCCCGUUGAAAACUUUGUGGUAUGACGCGUGCGCGUGACGUCACCGGUGGUAGCAGAUAUGUUCUUACAGCCCGGUCCAAGCUAUAAGUCGGCUGCUUUAACCGCAUAAUCACAGUAUUCUGGACAUCUGUGUUGCUGAAUCUUUUGCAAUUUGUUCAAUUAAUAAUGGAAAAGUCAAAUAAGAAAGAUGUUGGUGCGAAGCGGUGUAUUGCAGCUGCCUUUACCAACACAAACACGGUCGGUGUUUCCUAGGUUACAUUCCCGAAGGUGAAGCUUUACUAUGGAACAGAGCGGUCAAGCGAACAUGGUUCCCGACCACGUCAACCGGCAGGUUUCGGUGAGAAAAUUGUGCUAAUAAGUCGGCUCUUACCGGAGACAUGAGCGGAGCUUGCGUCCUCCUGCAGCUGCGGACUAUUACCUCCUCCUACCGGAGACACUGGCGGUCACCACACCCCUCCGACUUUCAGGUACCAUAUAAUCUCACUAAAACACUAGUAACACAAUAAGUAGAUAAGGGAUUUUCCAGAAUUAUCCUAGUAAAUGUGUCUAAUAACAUCUGAAUCGCUCCCACUGCCCUCGCCUUUUUUUUUUCUAGUCCUUCAUUGUCACUAUCCUCAUCUUUCAUCUUUCAUCCUCGCUCAAAUUAAUGGGGAAAUCGUCGCUUUCUCGGCCCCAAUCGCUCUAGCUGCUAGUGGCUAUGAUUGUAAACAAUGUGAGGAUGUGAGGAGCUCCACAACCCGUGACGUCGCGUGCAAAUUGUCUGCUACUUCAGGUACAGGCAAGGCUUUUUUAUAAGCGACCAAAAGUUGCAAACUUUUUCGUCGAUGUUCUCUACUAAAUCCUUUCAGCAAAAAAAUUGCAAUCUCGCAAAAUUAUCAAGUAUGACACGUAGAAUGGACCUGCUAUCCCCGUUUAAAUAAGAAAAUCUCAUUUCAGUAGGCCUUUAAGUGCAAGACUAAGAUAUUCACAAUAUGGAAACCGUGCAGCAAACAGUGUGCAAACUAAGUAAUCCCUGGGUCUAGAUCUUACCGCUUCAAGUACCUGGAGAUACAAGAAAAAAAAUCUAACUAUGCAACAGAAUCUAUCUAUACUUUGUGGGGUGAUCAAGGGUUAUCUGCAACAGAUUGAAUUCUAGGCGUCAUUCUACACAACAAAACAGAUGAAAACUUGGAAAAAGCACGGAGGCCAACAACUUCUUAGUGUGUGGCUGGACUCUCCAAGAUAAAUCAUGCAUUGGUAAUUCUCAGGUACAGUUGUAAUAUCAUGUUUUAACCUUGCGUCUUGCGAGGACACGUCCUUGUAAACAAACGGAGUAGCACUCGAUAACCUUGAUUAACUUUUUUAUUUUCACAUUAUGUUAACCACUCAAAGAUAAUCGGAAACACCACUGAAGACCUGGCUGCUUACAAAAGAAGACGGAAUGUAGUUUUGUCGCACAUGUCGUCACGAGUAUGCAUAUGCAUGUCUUUCCUUGUAGACGUCAAAAUCGUGGUGAUUGUGCUGAAAGAUUAAUUUGUGAUUGCUGUCUUUGGUAAAAUAUUAACUUGGGUUUUGCUCAAAUUUGCUUUUUUGAUGCUUUCCGAAACUCAUAGCAAAAAUGUGUUUUAAGAACUCGGAAACAAGAUAAAAUAGAAAUAUCAAAAUACCUAAAUGGGAACUGCUAAAGACUAAAAGUAUAUAAUACCUCCCAAAAGUAUCCACCCCCCUUGGCUUUUUACCUAAUUGUUAAAUUACAACCUGUAACUUGUUUUUAAACCAAAAUGUAUGAUUAAUCUGCACAAAAUAGCCUAAAUUGGUUAAGUAAAAUGAGAAAAAUAUUUUUUCAAUUAAUGUACAUUUUAAAAAAUAAAUUAGCAUGUGCAUAUGCAUUCACCCUCUUUGUUAUGGAGCUCUGGUGCAACCUAUUAUCUCCAAAAGGCACAUAGUUAGGGUUGCGUUAUAAAGACAUCCACAUCUUUGGUGAUACCCAGGAACACCAUAAAACCCAUUUUACCUUCAAAUUUAAAGAAUAUGGGACCACAACAAACCUGCCAAGACACGCAAAACUCCGUCUGGAAAAGGACGGCAUUAAUCAGAGGCAACAGAGAGACCAAAGGUAACCCUGAAGGAGCUGCAGAGUUCCACGUCAAAGACUGGAGUGUCAGUUCAAAAGACCACAAUAAGCUAUACACAAGGAGCUGGGUUUUAUGAAAGUGGCCAGAAAAAAAGCCAUUAGUGUUAAAAAUAAGUCAAUAACGUGCCACAUUCCUUUGGGCAAACUAAAAAUCUUUCACCCUUCUGGAUUACCUCUCAAGGAACUCUGAAAUAACUAACCUUUUCGCAAUUUCAACGUUUCCCACAACCAAAACAACACAAGCACGUGGCAUGUUUCUUCGAGAAAGGCAAAAUGCCGCCCAGAACACUUUGACAAAGGACAUUUACUUGACCACCACAUCAGGUCUCGCAUGUUUAAUUAGCGGCAUGUGACGUCAGGUGAAUACAACCUACACCACGGGAACCCUUUUUGUUUCAAAUAUAUUUUCCGGUUGACGAUCAAUCAAGUAGCUUCUCAUAUUGCUCUUAUUUCUCAUGGUGUGCAGUGUCCAAACCCCUACUGGGGGCUUCCCUUCACGCGGUGUCGUCACCAGCACUGUCGCCUUGGAAACGUUCGAGACAAGGGUGACAUGUUUUGCAGUACGCAGACUUGAUUAACUCAACCAAAAGGUUAUGUUUUUGUAAUGGGUUGUCUGUCAGCAAUGUAACUCAGUUAUUGACUGAUUGCAUAUGAUUUUUAGUAAAUGUCCCAAAAAAUUUCCUCAUCUAAUAUGAACACACUUCUCUCGCAUGCUUCCUCUAUUUCCUCCCCCUUAGUGUUCCACGCCCUUGCCUGUCCCACGCUGCGCCAAGGUUUUUGGGAGAUGGUUUAUUUUCAGACUGGGCAACCCAAAAGUGCCAGAAAAACUCCACUUACCUAGAUUUGUUUGAUACAGUCCCCAUCACGGCAUUAUUGUGAGGAUUUUGAAACCGCAAUAUUGUUGCAUCCCUGCAGCUCAUACAUCCACAGGAGACUAUUACAAAUAUAUUGCUGUUUUACUUCACAUACUGUAUCACAUUGAUGAAAAAAAUGUUUUUAUACAACUCCUCCCAUCUAAGUGAGUGCACUGAACUUAUGUUGCCAGGAAAAAAAGGAAAUAAAGAAAAAAUGUUGGGUUCCUAUU